ACGAUCGACAUCAUCACGAGACCGAUCUGCUGUUGCAGUUUAUACGUCGUGUGUUGUUUACGAUUGAAAACACCACGCUACAUACAUGUACGCUGCGUUUCAGGUCGCCAAAGUGCGUAUAAAUACAUCGAAUGAAAACCGUUCAUGAACAACUAUAUUUUAACUUUGUGUUGAUUAGCCGUUGACCAGAAACUGAUUCUACUCACAUUGUCAGAUUUGAAUUCAAGAGGCCUGUGUACAUGUACCUUCAGCGAAGAGGAGUUUAUGCCAAUUUACCAAGCAUCAGCAUUUGUGACAACUGUAUCAACAGUUGAGAGGUCAUUGAGUGACAAAAACACAAGAACAAUUCUAUGAAUGAGUCACUGUCUUGAACUAACAAGUAAAAAUGGCUUCACUGUGGCCAAGUGAGAAUCAUAAAUGUGCGGCAAAAUGUCUAUGAUUUUUGUUUAGUCCAAAGGAAGUGCAGAUUGAAGCAAAUUUUCGGGGUGCUUUGAGCUUAGUGACUUUGCUAGGGUCGAAUCAUCAGGCCAUCAAUAGCUUGGUGACAUCUACUCGUUGAAAUUACCAAGCGAAGAAGAGUUACCAAUUUCCUAGUAUUUUUCAAGCAGUUUGUUUUCGGUCGAACAAUUACUUUUACACCGGGAAAUACUGCCAGCCAUGUUCGCAAAGAUGUCCGGAAUAAUCAGCACAGUUCGGCGGUCGGUGGUUCUGUACCUCAUCGGGGUGUGUCUGGCGCUUAUUCUACACCUGCUACAGAUCCAACGUAACGUAACACUAUUCCCCGUCGAAGUCAUUGGGAGUCUUAUGAAAUCUGACUGGUGGGUUCCGCCGGUAUGUGGUGCUGCUGCUGUCAUUGUUGGUCUACUUUAUCCCUGUAUCGACAGACGUCUAGGGAAGUUCCCCUGCUACAAAGUGGAGUGGUCUAACGUGAUGCGAUGUCUAGCAGUCUUUGUGGGGAUCAACCACGCCUCUGCUAAAAUCGAUUUUGCCAACAAUCUGCAGUUUUCGUUGACGCUAGCGGCGAUGUCCAUCGGUCUGUGGUGGCUCUUUGAUCGGUCAAGGACAGGGUUUGGUCUGGCUCUGAUUGUCUCCUUUCUGGCUACAUUGGUUACACAGCUCCUGGUUUACAAAGGGUUUUAUAGUUACACGGAACCAGACUUUUUGUACGUGCGCUCCUGGAUACCAUGCGUGUUCUUCUCCGGCGGUGUUACAAUGGGCAACAUUGGGCGUCAACUUGCUGUGUAUGAAAUGCAAAAGGAACACAAGAUGUGAAGUCUCUUGUUUCCCAAUGGUUUGCCACAAUGGAAGUUCAAACAAUGCAAAAGAGGAAGUGAACUGUGUGGAUGUUGUUAUAUUUUGGAAGCGUUGCAUCAGCGAACAAUAAUUGAAGAAACGGUUGCUUUGAUGCCAUUGACUUAUGCGACAUAAACACAAACUUCAAACAACAAACUUAAUUAGUAAAUUAUUAUCGCCCUGUGGUUCAACAGUAACUCAGAUGAAGCGCACAGAGCUAGGUUUCAAUUGUGAACUGUGCAAUGUUGCCAUUUAUCGGAAGUGUUGCUUAAGCAAACAAUAACCAAGGAACGGUUGGUUGAUGCCAUCGACAUUAUGCGACAUCAACAGAAAACUUCAAGCAACAAACUUAAUUAGUAAAUUAUUAUCGCCUGUUCAACAUUAAUGUGGAUGAAGGGCACAGAGCUAGGUUUCAAAGUGAACUGUGACGAUGUUGUACUUUUUUGGAAGUGUUGGCAACAGCGAACAAUAAACCAAGAAACAGUUUGCCACAAUGCCAUGGACAUAUUCGACAUCAACACAAACUUCAAACAUCAAACUUAAUUAGUAAGAUAUUAUCAUCGCCCUGUUCAACAAUAACGUGGAUGAAGCUCAAAGAAGGAUGUGCUGAAAGGCUCUGAUUAAAGAGUAAAAAGUGUCGGUGACAAUUAAGCAGGUGUUAUUGAUCACAGCUUAAAAUGUGGACUUUGACCUCUGACCUGUGAACUCUUGAAUUACUAAAGCCAGGUGUCUUGGGCCCUUUUUGAAUCCAUGGCUUCGGAUUUUGUUUCGGCUUUGGAUUCGCUUCAGGCUUCGUUCUCUGGUCUGCAGAGCACGCGUGUGUUCAAAACAACUGAGGGGGCUUAGCUAGCCUUAUCCGAAGCCGAGGAUUCGGAAAGGGCCACAGUGUAAGAAAGUGUUGGAAGUAUCACCUGCUGAAUGCUAAGAUUAAACACAUCCUGUAGCCAAUACAGACGCCCUCAAUGUUGGUUGUCGACAAGGAGUAUUAUUACCAAAAGGACAAGCGCAACAUUGGUAAUGUACCAGUGAGACUUUGUAACCGUGUUGUGGACUAAGACAGUGUCAUUUUCAUUGUGAAGGGAAAAACGGUGUAACGUGUCAGUGCUACCUGCAUGUGGGACAGAGUUCCUGAAGAAUUAUUACAGAGGAAUGACGAGUGUCUGGAAAAAAGCUUCCUAGAAAAAUAUCGUGUACAAACACUGAGUGAAAAGUAUUAAGACCGAUUAAUCAAACACCAGUGAAAACCUUCAAAACAUUUGUGUUUCAAGUAAUAUGCCUGCCGAGAUAUAACUAAGAAAGGUUUUGCAGUAACACCAUGUGAAUAUCUCUUUUGAGUAGUGUUGGUUCUGAAAAGAACCGAUGGUUAACGACUCAAACUGAGAUCUAACUGAAGGGAAAAAUUUAAAGAAACAUGUUGCCUUGGACCGGACGAGUUGGUCUAUAAAAACCGGUUGUUAUAAAAUGCAUAUG